AGCAACAACAAAAGGGGCCUGAGACUCUAUUGUUUGCCAAGCACGAGAGAACAGCACAGCCUAGCAAAGGUAGAUCAGAAUAGUAGCAACAAGGCACACACAACAUGCCUUGUGCACUCGCCUUUACAGCAGCCCUUGGUGCCCACCAAUGAGCUUCGUUGCUGCUCACUUGAGUACCUUAUAACAGCUACACAACCAGCAACCUUGCAGCAAGUGCAGUACAGCAGCUACAGCUCGAACAGCAACAGCCCAGGCAGAACACGCAGCAAUCAGAACAGCAACAACUUAGCAGCCAAAGUCGUGCUUUACAGCAGCUCUUUAAGCUCACCAACGAGCUCCUUUGCAUUGCCUUGAGAGCAGCCUUGUAGCUCCAUGAUAACAGCAACAAUAGAGAAGAAUAACAGCCACACACGAGCACAUUUACAGCAGUUGUGCGAUCGAGCUGCUUCUGUGCGACCUCACUAAAGUUUAGUGCGAGCACACGAAUUGCCAAAAUCAAGGCAGGAACGCGGCCUAUGUUGGUGCGAUCGCACACACCCAGAUGUGCGUUCGCACAGGUAGCACACAGCAGACACGCAGUCAGCAGUAUAAAAGGGCAGCGAUUAGAUUAGCGCAAAGGGUAGAGAAUUAGAGCGAGAAUUAGAGUAGCGUAGCAAGGCAGCAGAGAAGAUUAGCGUAGCUUAGAUUAGAGUAGUGUUAGAUUAGAUUUUAGGUAUCAAUUUCAAAAAAUCAAACACUAGAUUUCAGUUUUAGUUCAUCAAAUUCGUAGCCAUUGUUCUUCAAUUUCAGAAUUUGUUCUUCAAGGUUUUUCCCCCAAUUUUGGUAUAAUUCUUACUUUUCUAAUUCUUCUUUUGAUUUUGUUCUUUAAUUCUUUAAUUUCUUUGUUAAUUUCGUUAUGCUUUGAUUUCAUGCUUGAAUUCUAGAAUUAGUUUCUCAUUUUGAAUGUUCUUGAUUUUUUUCCCCAAUUUUUGUGGUUUGAAUUUUCUGAAUUUUCUUGAUUCAAUUAGCUUCAUUGUUGCUACUAGAUUCAUGAUUAGGAUUGAUGUUAGUUUAAUGUUGAUGUUAAUCAUGCUAAUUGAGUAGUUUAGUCUAGAGGUUAGGGAUGAAGCUUUGGGAUUGAAUUUGGAGAAGUUUUGGGAAAUUCAUGAUUGAUGUUGUGAUUAAAUGUGAUUUAGUGAUAGGAUUUCCAUGACUAGUUGAGUAGUAGUCGCGAAUGCUAUUCGAUUGGAUUAGAUUGGAAUGUAUGAUUAGGUUUGGCAAGACAUUGUGAGCCUAAUUUGUGCAAGUGAAUGAUAGUUCCUAUUAUAUGCUAGUUAGUUUAAUCUAGGAUUAGGCGAAAGCUCUUCCGUGGGUUAGACGCUUAGCGUUCCCUAUCCGAGAGGUGGCGGGUUCGUCAUUAGUUUUCAUUCCCCUAUUUGCUAUGUCGUUGCAUAUUCAUGAAUGUUUGGACCUUGUGCUUCCUUUGAUUCGAUUUCCAUAGCCGAUUCCCGAAAUCUCUAGAGUUUCUUUAUUUGUUUGCAUUUCUAGCUUUCAUUAGAUUAGAAUUCAAAACUCAAAUUCCAUCCGAACUAGCUUGUGAACGCAUAGAUUGAAUAGUCAAACAUAUCCAUUUCUAUGGGACGAUCCCUACGCUUGAUGCUAUAGUCAAUAUAGCCGGUAGUUUAGGUGUUUUAUAAAUUUUGUUUGAUUAGGUUGUUUUCUAUCAACGACGGAAAAUACGCCUAUCAAAAUGGCGCCGUUGCCGGGGAAUGGCAUCAUUGUUUGAUUCUUCAUUCUAGUUCGCUAUUCUAGUUCAUUUUUCUUUUUCUUUUUCUUUGAAAACCGAAAAAAAUGGCAAAUUAUUUGGUUUCUCAAGAUGACGAAUCGAUUUCGCUUGAUGAUCUUCUCUAUUUCCAUGAUAAAUUCUUAAGCUCUUUGAAAGUUGAAUCUACCCAACCAUUGCGUGAGAUGCUACUUUUCAUGAAGUAUCUUGAAAUUCAAGAAGAGCAAAGAAUAGAUUCUUGUUUGAAUUUAUUUGAGGACAUGUCCCAACGAGUUGUAAAAGGCUUUUUGGGAAUUUCUAACCUAUUGCAAGAGUCUAUUAAGGAAGUAUCAUGGAUAAGAGAAGAGUUUGAGGCUACAUUGCCACCUAUGAUGCAUGACAUUGAGGAGUUGAGUAUUGGAGAGUUUGUUCCUACUCGUUCCUCUUUGAGUGAGUGCAUCGAUGAUGGUGAUGAAAAUCUAUUUGCUCCAUUUUGCCUUGAAGUGCUUAAGUCGAUUCAAAUUGAGGAAAAGAGUGAAUGUGCCAACCAAAAAUAUUUUAAAGUGAAUGAAGGAUCUUAUGUUGAGAUUUCUUGUGCUUUAUAUGAUGUGAGUGAAGUUGUUUGUGAAACUCUUGUUCCCACUCCCUUCCCUCAUUCCCCAUUCCGAAAGAGAAAACUCAACAUUUAUCCUUCAUUUCCUAUUUCUUUUCCCGUUUUGUCCAAACUCCCGCCGCUUGAGGAUUCUUUUUCCUCCAUUGAUCCUAAUGAUUCUCCUUACUCAAAGGAGCAUGAAGAAGGGAGUAUUUCUUUUACUUUUCCUUUUGUUUUUUCUUACUCUUGGCACCCCACACCCCAUAGGCACAGAGUUGCAUAUUACUUUGUGCUUGCAUCUCAUUUGACUCUUGCCUACUUGUUACACUUUGAUAUGUUUGCCAUUGUAUAUGACAAACUAUUGCGAUCUUUGUCGGGGUACUUACUAGAGGUAAGAAGCGUCAAGCUAAUGACGUAAAAAGAGCGCUUCUCGGGAGGCAACCCGUGGGUGUUGGCCAUUUGGCCCAUGUAUACUAAUUUUUCUUGAUUUUUGAAGUUUUUGUGCCUCAAGCUAUCUUGAUGUGGAAAUCUUUGCAUCCAUCUUUGCCAUGUCCGGCUAAUCUUCUUGACCAGUAGCAACAAAAGGGGCCUGAGACUCUAUUGUUUGCCAAGCACGAGAGAACAGCACAACUUAGCAAAGGGAGAUCAGAAUAGCAGCAACAAGGCACACACAGCAUGCCUUGUGCACUCGCCUUUACAGCAGCCCUUGGUGCCCACCAAUGAGCUUCGUUGCUGCUCACUUGAGUACCUUAUAACAGCUACACAACCAGCAACCUUGCAGCAAGUGCAGUACAGCAGCUACAGCUCGAACAGCAACAGCCCAGGCAGAACACGCAGCAAUAAGAACAACAACAACUUAGCAGCCAAAGUCGUGCUUUACAGCAGCUCUUUAAGCUCACCAACGAGCUCCUUUGCAUUGCCUUGAGAGCAGCCUUGUAGCUCUAUGAUAACAGCAACAAUAGAGAAGAAUAACAGCCACACACGAGCACAUUUACAGCAGCUGUGCGAUCGAGCUGCUUCUGUGCGACCUCACUAAAGUUUAGUGCGAGCACACGAAUUGCCAAAAUCAAGGCAGGAACUCAGCCUUUGUGGUGCGAUCGCGCACACCCAGAUGUGCGUUCGCACAGGUAGCACGCAGCAGGCACGCAGUCAGCAGUAUAAAAGGGCAACGAUUAGAUUAGGGUAGAGAAUUAGAGCGAGAAUUAGAGUAGCGUAGCAAGGCAGCAGCGAAGAUUAGCGUAGCUUAGAUUAGAGUAUUGUUAGAUUAGAUUUUAGGUUUCAAUUUCAUAAAAUCAAACACUAGAUUUCAGUUUUAGUUCAUCAAAUUCGUAGCCAUUGUUCUUCAAUUUCAGAAUUUGUUCUUCAAGGUUUUCCCCCCAAUUUUGGUAUAAUUCUUACUUUUCUAA